AGGUCUUUCAGAAGCAACUUCCAUAAGCUUCGAAUAGUGAACGUAGGCUGAUUUAACUCGCCUAUGCCUUCCGAGCUAACAUAGGAUAACCAAGCCCAGCUAUUAGGCAGGAUGCUGCCUGUCCUACUAUUCCUCGGGCUUGCCUGCUUUGGUCUGCUUGCGGGCGAGGCACGACGACCCAUCGUCUUCGGAGGAAAUGCGCUGCCAGGAUGCCGCUGCGUGCUGCUUAGGGAAUGCCCCAAGCUACGGCCGCCUCGCGGCCAGCCCUUGACCCGCGAAAUAAUAGUGGCCCUUCAGGACGUAAGAUGCGGCUUUCUUGGCCGCAUCAUCAAGGUGUGUUGCGAAGAAGAGCAGCCAUCGCCCCCCACCGACCUGCCCCUGACCUGCGGCGACACUAAUAACAUUAACAGGAUAUUCGGGGGGAGGAAUGCCCCCCUGGGGGGCAACCCCUGGAUGGUCGCCCUAGGGUACUCGGUGCUGGGUCAGGGUGGUCAGCUCGAGCUGAGUUACGAGUGCGGGGCGACGCUGGUGACGCGCCAGCACGUCGUCACCGCCGCCCACUGCGUCCAUCCUGACGCUAUCGGCUUCCAGACACUGAAACAAGCGAACAUCGGCGAGUGGAACACAGAAACAGACCCCGACUGCUUCGUGUCGCCCGCGACGGGCAGAAACAUCUGCGCGCCGCCCGUUGUCGUACGUCAGAUCGCUGCCGUCACUUGGCAUCCGCAGUACAACACCGAUGGGAAGUACAACAACGACAUCGCUGUCGUCAGGUUUGACAGACCUGUCACUUUAGGACCUUACAUACAACCCAUUUGCAUCCCGAACAAUUUCGACCCGAAUAUGUUGGCGUCGUCGGAGUGGAACCCACAGGCUCUGGCAUUAGGCUGGGGGAGGACUGAGACACUUAGAUCAUCCCCUGUGCUGCAGGAGAUCAGGCUCCCUUUGGUCGAUAUGCAGCGCUGCAACGCCUCCUCCCAGAUCAAACUAAAUGAGAACCAGAUAUGCGCUGGGGGAGUAACGGGGGAGGACACGUGCUCGGGGGACAGCGGGGGUCCGUUAGUAGCCACGGGCAAGGCCGGGGGCAAGUACUUCCUCAUAGGACUCACGUCCUUCGGCCCCUCCAUGUGCGGCAGCAACGGCGGCUUCGGCGUCUAUACGGCCGUCUACAAGUACCGGGACUGGAUCGUGCAGUCCCUUGCGGUAUAGGAUCUGUAGGUCAGACCCUGGAUGUUCAGUAUAUUAGGUUAACCUCGGAUCUUUUGCGUUGGACGAUGAAGGUCGGAACUGUAUAGUUACAUGAGAUUUUAUUGACCCAAAUGAAGAAAAAUUUCCUAAUAACCAAAUCAAUGGCUUUAGAAGCUACAGCUUUGCUGGUACAGUAUUAACGUAUCAGUUUUUGUGUAUUCGUAUAAGUUUUAUUAUAUUAUUAGUCUUCAGGGAGACCUCGUUACAUGCAGGCCCAUCUUGGUUGGACAGAGAGGGAGGGCGAGCUAACAUAUAAAGAAUCGUUUCACCAGGGGUAGAAGGUUCAUAAGUGAAAACUAGCGAGGUAUUAUGCUUCAUACAUAUGAUGUACGAGAGAUAUCAGAGUGGUUUCUGCGUUGAUUAGACCGUUAGACCUGUUACCGAUUUUUAACAUCGCUGAACAUUCACAACAUGCAGUGGUGUGGAACACGCAACGCACUACUCCAAUUUUGCUGUGCUUACCCGCCUGGCCACCUCAACGAUUCUGACCAGAACUGACGCACCGAGCUGGGAUUAAACCCAGAGCUCACUGUUCCAAUUUUAGUACCCUGAAAUGUAACCACUGGGCCACCCAGCAUAUAGCUGGAUUACACUCAUUACUGGAUAUCGUGCGUUAGGGUUUCCGAUUGCUGUUAUCCAAGGUCAAAUUACAAGAAACUUAAGGCUGCUAUUGAGAACCACAAGGCCUCGCACAGGGUCCAUGGAGAGUUCUUCACUAAUGGAGUUCUGACAGGGAGGGGCCCAGUCUCCGUUAUCGUCGCCUGCGUGGUGACCUCAUUG